UAACAUUACCCUUACUAAUAAGUUGUGUGUUCUCUCAAGCACUUAAAAAAAAUGUCGUCUCGACUUCUUGCUUCACUCACUGUAAUCAUUUUGUUGGCUGCUGUUGCCUCCGAAUUCACUGUUCCCUUGUCUGAAGUGGAAGCUCUAAAGGAAAUAGGAAAGUCGUUGGGAAAGAAUGAUUGGAAUUUCAGUGUAGAUCCAUGCAGUGGAGAAUCAGGUUGGGCCAAAUAUCCUGAUAUUGGCCCAUUUCGAAAUGCUGUCACAUGUGGUAACUGCACCUCCGAUAACACCACAUGCCAUGUUGUCACCAUGUAACACUUUCUCUCUCUCUUCCCCCCUCUCUUUCUCUCUAGGAUAUUUACAUGAAAGAAAAAUAUUAUUUAUUUAUUAAUCAGUUAAAUUAGCACAAACGGAUUUCUAAACAUGAGAAUACAUAUGGUUUCAAGAUUAAAUUUUCAUUUGAAAAUUAAAACCAAUUUCUAUUCAGUCCUUAGGAUUGCGAGAGAUUCAAAAAUCUCUUGAAAGAGCUGAUAGUGUCAAUUUUAUAAAUAAAAAUUAUU